ACCCACUCGUCGUCCAUCGACGAAUCGCUGCUUCCGUCGUUCACCUCUCUCAUUGCAAAUGUUAGCUCAGUCGCACUUCCUCUGCAAGUCCUUCUCUCUGAUUCCGCCGCCGUCUCCGGCGCUGCGGUCCGCGACUCGCUCUCCUCAUCUCUCUUCUUCGCAAAGCGGUAGAUUAUCUUUUCUAUCGUCUUCCUUAAGCGCUGUUUCGGUCUCCCGCGGUCAUAUCUCUCUGGCAAUGGCUUCGAACUCGAAACGGCCUGACCUAAGCGAAGAUUCCUCUUCGGAACUGAGCGCCGCCACCGAUCUGGAUCGAUUCGCCGCCGUGGCAAAUGAACUGGCGGACGCUUCUGGCGAGGUCAUCAGAAAGUACUUCCGGAAGAAAUUCGAUAUCGUUGAGAAAGAUGAUAUGAGUCCUGUUACAAUCGCUGAUCAAAUGGCUGAAGAGGCCAUGGUGUCUAUUAUUUUCCACAACUUCCCUUCUCAUGCUAUAUAUGGCGAGGAGAAAGGUUGGAGAUGCAAAGAGGAAUCUUCAGACUAUGUUUGGGUUUUGGACCCGAUCGACGGAACAAAGAGCUUUAUCACAGGGAAACCUGUGUUUGGUACGUUAAUAGCUCUGCUGUACAAAGGCAAACCGAUUCUAGGUCUAAUUGAUCAGCCUAUUCUGAAAGAGAGAUGGAUAGGAAUGAGUGGAAGAAGAACUAAAUUAAACGGGGAGGAUAUCUCAACGCGAUCUUGCCCGAAACUGUCACAAGCAUAUUUAUACACCACUAGCCCACAUCUUUUCAGUGGAGAGGCAGUAGAGGCCUUUGCUCGAGUUAGAGAAAAGGUAAAAAUGCCAUUAUACGGCUGUGAUUGUUAUGCUUAUGCUCUCCUGGCUUCUGGAUUUGUCGAUCUUGUUAUUGAAUCCGGUCUAAAGCCAUAUGAUUUCCUUGCUCUGGUGCCUGUGAUAGAAGGCGCUGGAGGUACCAUAACCGAUUGGAACGGUAACCCACCUCUUUGGGAAGCUUCAUCCAGUGCCGUUGCUACAAGCUUUAAUGUAGUUGCAGCAGGAGAUUCAAACAUUCAUCAGCAAGCAUUGGAGUCACUUGAGUGGCAGUGAAAAGCUUUCACUGGAGAGGAUUGUCAAGGUUCUACUCAGGGAAAGCAAGAUCAUAUGUUUGUAUCUUUGAUGUUAAAUGCCUUGAAGAUCUGAAGAAACCAACCCAACUUCUUGAUAUUGAUGAUGAUGAUGAUGAUGCCUACACGAAGAGGAAGAAGAAGAAUAAGCAAUCAUCAUCAUCUUCAUUUUCUGCUGCUGUUAACAGCAAUGUUAACUAUCAAAACUACCCUUGUCGUAGAGUUUCUAGUAGCACACAUUGUUCCUCACCUUGUGUUAGUGCUUAGUUCUAAAAAAAACAGGUUCUCAAUUUAUCACAAACCUACAGCACGUUAUAUUAACAUCCCGUUCACAUC